AUCUGUGCACGAUUGGAAGAUCUUUCAGUAGCUUGAUUGUUUAUUUCCCACUCGUGCUGCUAUCUGCUUGAUUUUGCACUUAUUGUGUCUUCACUCUCCUUGGUUUUCUCACUUGGGUUGUUUUGGGCUCUCUUAAAUCAAAGGGAUAAAGUUUUGUUUUUUUAUUGUCAAGAAUGGUGAAAGGUGAAAACUUGUAAGAGAAUUGCCGAGUUGAUCCUGUGCUUUUUUUUUUUUUUAAAGUAAUCAAUGGCCAAGUGUUACUAAUCGUUCUAGGGAAGGGCAUAAGUCGUCCUGGAGGGAUGCAUUAAUCAACUGGGAGAAUGCAUGCCGUUAUAGGGAAGUGCAAAAGCCACGUAGUUCCUCUAUAUAUUUGUAUGGAUUGCUCUUUGCGUCUUACAGAUAUUUCGUAUUUGGGAUCAGAUUUGAAACAUCUUUCUCCAAGUUUCGUCAGGGGGAUUUCGAACUGCUGCAUGGAUUCCUUCGAUGGGCCGGAGUUUGUGAUGACAGAUGGCUCGUGCGUGAAGACGAAGACCAUUGACGUUGCACCGUCAACGGAUAUCACUCCUUACCUGUCUCGUAUACGAGAGGAUUCGUGCCGCAACGGGAAACAAGCCGUCGUCUUCGAGCUGUAUUGGGAUGCCGAGUUUCUUGACGACAAGGCUAAAUGGCGUCUGUCCUCUGUCAAGUUCAGCACGAAGAGUCUCUGUCUCAUGCUCAGACUGCCGAGCCCGUUUCAGGAAAACCUAAAGGUCCUGUGCCGUUUUUUUGCUUCCAAAAGUGUCACUUUCGUCGGGUUGCAAAUCGAGGAAGAUCUCGCAUUGCUUAAAGAAGCUCACGGUAUUGUGAUUCGAAAGGCUGUAGACUUGGGGAAAUUAGCUGCGAGAGCCCGACGAACACCUGGUCUUGAAUUCUUCAGUUCCAUAGACUUGGCACGGAGAUUCGUUUCCCUCGUUUCCCUUGGCCGGUGCCGCUUCUACGCGUUUCUGUCUAAAUGGGAGUUGACGGAUCCUAACGAGCAGCUCGAGGCUGCAGCCGUUGAGGGUUGGCAUGUCGCCAUUGUCUGGGAUGAAUUUUACGAGAGAAUAGAUGGUUAUUGAAGAACAAUGGUGAAAUAUAUGAUUGAACAACGGUGUAAUUGAUGGAUUUAGGUUAAAUGGAGUGAAAGAAGGGUAAGAUGCGAUGUGUUUUUUGUGUGUAAGGAGAAAAUUGUUCUCCAGAGUCCGGACAUGAGUCUUUUGUUCUAAGACUGUUUUGGAUAACCUUUUCGAUUUCACUCGAUCA